GGAAUCCUUCCACUCUUUUGCACGAACUCUUGGGCAAAGCUAUACAUACUCUUUCAACAAGGCCGGUUAAUUGGGGAGAAGAGAAUCUUUCAUCAGUCUAUUAGAGUUGGGGAUCGAGUAGAGAACAAGUCCGGCCGGUUGAGGGGGAAAACCCAAAACGCCGCGCCGGAAUCCAGCAUGGAGAAGCAGACAAGCCUGGCGGAAACCUUCCUCCCGAGGAGCCCGGAGUGGAAGGAGGAAGAGAGCUUGGCGGUGAGCGACGAGGUGAAGAGGCAGCUGUGCCUGGCCGGGCCGCUCAUCGCCGGCAGCCUGCUCCAGAACCUGAUCCCGAUGAUCUCCGUCAUGCUCGUCGGCCACCUCGGCGAGCUGCCCCUCGCCGGCGCCUCCUUGGCCAACUCCUUUGCCGCAGUAACUGGAUUCAGCCUCAUGCAAGGCAUGGCUACUGCUCUGGAUACCUUGUGCGGGCAAGCAUACGGAGCCAGACAAUACCAUCUCCUUGGCAUCUACAAGCAACGGGCAAUGCUUAUACUCACCCUAGUGAGCGUCCCGGUGGCCGUCGUGUGGUUCUAUACCGGCAGCAUCCUGCUAAUGGUCGGCCAGGACGAGGACAUUGCCAUUGAGGCUGGCACCUAUGCGCGGUGGAUGAUCCCGGCGCUCUUCGCCUACGGCCUUCUGCAGUGCCAUGUCCGGUUCCUGCAAACGCAGAACAUCGUGCUCCCGGUGAUGAUGGGUGCUGCCGCGACGGCGCUCUUCCACCUCCCCAUCUGCUGGCUGCUGGUGCAUGGCCUCGGGCUGGGCAGCAAAGGCGCUGCUCUUAGCAACGCCAUCUCCUACUGGAUUAGCGUGGUCAUUCUGGCCGUGUACGUGAGGGUGUCGAGCACUUGCAACAAGACAUGGACGGGGUUCUCCGUGGAAGCCUUCCAUGACCUACUCAGCUUCUUCAGGCUCGCCGUGCCAUCUGCUCUCAUGCUCUGCUUAGAAUGGUGGUCAUUCGAGAGCCUGGUGCUACUGUCAGGGCUUCUUCCAAACCCCAAACUGGAAACGUCCGUCCUGUCCAUCACCCUCAACACGGCGACCUUACUAUUCAUGAUACCCUACGGCCUCGGAGCCGCCAUAAGCACUCGAGUUUCAAACGAGCUCGGCGCAGGCCGACCACGGGCCGCCCGCCUUGCCGUGCGCGCGGUUUUGUUCUUCGCCAUAUCGGAAGGGCUGAUCAUGAGUGUACUACUGGUCUCUGUGCGCCACAUCUGGGGCCAUGCUUACAGCGACGAGGAGGAGGUCGUGGCGUACGUAGCGAAGAUGCUUAUGCUGAUUGCAGUUUCCAACUUCUUCGACGGAAUUCAGUCCGUUCUCUCAGGUGUGGCAAGAGGCUGUGGAUGGCAGAAGAUAGGUGCGUGCAUCAACCUCGGCGCAUUCUACCUUGUUGGCAUACCGGCAGCCUAUCUCCUAGCCUUCAUCCUGCGCAUCGGCGGAAUGGGCCUUUGGGCGGGAAUUAUCUGCGGCAGCACGGUGCAGGUCUUGAUGCUCCUGGCCAUCACACUGCGCACGGACUGGCAGAAGGAGGCAACAAAGGCAAAGAGCCGAGUCUUCUCUUCUGCCCUGCCCACAGAUCUAGCAACAUGAAGAUAUCAUCAGGUGCUGCUGAAGUAACUGACCAGUGUGGAAAUCAUAGGCCUGAUCUUGUCGUGGGUCUGUAUCUCAUGUAUAGUGGUGUCGGCGACGACUCAUCGGGCCGUUGAUAUGCUUACUGCGCUAGCUAUUUGUGUCGCCUGUCCGUGACGUGUAGUAAGGAGUCGAGCUGGUGUUUUAAACAUAGAAGUUUUGCCGUUUUGGUAUGCCUCGUUCAGUAACAGGUGAGUCACUUCACAUGUUCUUGACAUCUUCUAUUUUGUCCCUAGCUGGCUUCUUUGAUGUGCACGUUGCUAGUAGGCUUCCUUUUUUGUUUUCCCCUUGAGGGACACGUUGACCUGUACCUGUGAUCGAGUUGCAGAAA